AGACACAUAAAGGAACACAGGUCAGCGCUGAGUCUUGUCAAGGGGGCUUAGGAGUGUCAUGCCAGGAUAUUUUAGUAUCAUUCUUUCGUCGAAGCCGAGUGACUAACAAACUUUAGAAAGCAGAACUUCUUUGCCGACAACGGCAACCCCUUGCCUUUAAUUCGUUAUGCUAUUAUCGUGCAGGGGGAGGAAGAAGGCUCGAAUCCCUUACCACGGCCGAUGGAAGCAACGUAGCAGCGUUAAAUAAUCACUUGGAUUAUAUCACUUACAGAAUAUACUGUAUUCGCUGCACUGAUAAUAGUACAGGAUUUUUCAGUCUGGCGUGAGUUAUAGAGGGGACGGAGGGGUACCCAAACUUUUGCUCAACAAUGGAAUUACGAAUUGCCUCUGUGCGUUGGAAAAUUUGGUGGAAUUUAUUCUCAGCCGUUAUUGUUGUACUUCAAAUUGAAUGUUCUUUCGGAGAACUUCGGCUUGGUGGUGGUCGCACGCCACGAGAGGGCAGGCUUGAAGUUGCCUACGAGAAUAACAUCCAACCGGGCAAAUGGGCCUCUGUUUGCGGGGACGGCUGGACCAACGAGGAUGCCAUAGUUGCCUGUAACGAAGCAGGGUUCCCUGGCCCUGCAGUGGCUGUCAGGCAUGCCCGGGAGAGAUAUGGAGAGAGUUACCUAAAUAUCAUGCUGACAAAUGUCGACUGUAAACCAGAAGCUCCAAAUCUGAUGCAUUGUCGGAAUACCACGGCAGACGUCAGACCCUGCAGGACAGGUCGAGAAGCUGGAGCUAUUUGUCAACCGCCGAGUUUCCAAGGGUGUUUCAAGACGGUGGAAAGUACCAUCCAAAGCGAUGCCGUCAUGAUAAACAGGAACAUGACAGUUGAUACCUGUAUGGCAUACUGUAUGAACAGGACAAUGCGAUUCAGUGGUGUCUCGGUGGACCACUGUAGCUGCUGGAACUUCAUGCCAAACACCACGACAGAACUGUUUUCUGUUGAACCUCAUCACUGCCUCCAGCACUGUCCAGCGAACCCUCUGCAGGUCUGUGGUGGGGUCAGUGGCAUCAUGAAGACCUUUGUCAUCUACGACACAUACGUUGGAUUCUGCAACGAUCCUGGGGACAUCAUGAAUGGAUAUCGUGACAGCGACUGGUUUCAGUUUGGUGCCACGGUGAACUUCCAGUGUGAUGAGGGUUACGAGAUACAGGGUAGCGAGAACCUUACAUGUAUCGAGUCAGGUCCUGGGUACGACUGGAACGAUGCCUCACCGAUUUGUACCAGAAUUAUUAUCACAACACAGCCACCUACUUUUGAAACAGAAAGCGGCGGCAUUCUCACUGAUCUCAAUGGAGAACAGAAAUUAGAAGUCCUAUACGUUGGUGUUGUUGGUGGAGGUGUUGGUCUCUUGCUUCUGAUCGUUGUCAUCGCUUUUGCCGUCGCCUGCUGCAAGUCGAGAAAGAAAACUGCGAAGACGCUAAUCAACGAGGAUGACGAAGAGGCACAGGUCGGUCGACUGAAGAAGAAGAAAAGGAAGAAAUCAAAGAAAACAAAGAAAGUUAAGAAAAAGAAUAGAGAACAAGAUAUUGAUGAAAAGGAUAAAGACGAGCUCGAACUCGAAUUCGACACAGAAGACGACGUCGACAAGGAAGACGAGUUAGAAAAGGACGAGUAUGAUGAGGAAGAAGCAACAUCAAACGAAAAUAAAGCCAAUGCAAAACUAGAUGUGGGUCCUAUCGCGACAGCCGAUCUGAGCUAUUACCAGACCGAACAGGACCAAAGCGGUAAAAACAAGAAUAAACCGCUUCCAUCGGCUCGUGGACAGGGACGGCCAACGUCGAGUAGCAAACCGGCGAAAUUCAACUUCAUCGAAACAGAUCAAAGAAAGAACUCAAAGAGAAGUCGAGGUGGUUUGAUGAAAAAUGUUUUGUUUGUGAAAGGAAACGGGGACAAUGCUUCAGAUAUUUUGCUCAAAGAUCCUUAGGAUGCUCUUCGAUAAACAUUCAAAGUAAGGAUAACAAAUUUUAAGUUUCUUAAUAAAAUAGGUUGGGCUAUUAUAAUAAGCAAACUGGUUUUCCUGACGUAUUCCAUUGAAACAAUUAGCCAUGAAAUAAUUGUUGUUUCCAAACACUCUACAGUUCUACUCCUUCAUGGUACUCGUGAGUAGAAAGUUACAAAUAAUUACAAGACUUUGUUAUCGGUCGGGAAAAAAUUGGUACGAACUAAAUUCUGUUAAGAAAAUGUUUAAUGAUUAAAAGAUUUCGCUGAAAUUGUAUUAUUUCGACUUUGUACUUUAAAAAAAUAGGAGAUUGUAAGAUCUACAGUCAAUAAGAGCGAUUUUAAAGAAGAAGUAGACCUACGUAAGUAUUAUCACCAUCCAUUCAAGCAUUUGUAUGCCUGUAUCGGUCCUUCUGAAGACCAAUGGCUUAUUAUAUUUGUACUAGGCCGACUGUGUUUUAUUGCAAAGAGCAAUAAUCAUUGCAUGAAAUGAUUUUUAUGAUAGAAAAUGCUGUGUUUUAUGCUGAGAGUUGAUAAUUGAUGAAAGAAUUGGAAUGUGCAAUAUUCUAAUUUUUCACCUGUAUUGUAAAUCUAUAACAUUCUUAAAUGAUAUAAUCUAAAGAGGAGCUUAUCAAGGCAUUGAAACAGAAUUACUCAAAACGAAAGGCGAUUAAAGGGGCAUAUCGAUUCUUCCUUUCCUGAUCAAAUCAAGUCUGUUAUUAACGCACAUGAAAUCAUAGUUAUCAAUAUUUAUAAAAUUACAUAUGUGUUUAGGACUAACUUCAGUAUAAUAUGGAAUAUCUUUAAAUUUCCUGAAUGAAUUUCGUUUAUAAAAGUAGAACUAUAAUUAUCAUUUUCAAUAAUAUUAAACAAAAAUCGAUAAAAAGUAUGCAUGGAAUAAAAUAUACUUGCUCGCUCGUUAAUAAACAUAAUGAACAUCUAUAUCAGCCUUUUUUUCUCUCUCUUUCUCUUUUGAGCUUUCAAAAAUCAGGUAUGUCAUAUUCCAGUCGUUAGCAAAAUAAUAUAUAACUCUGAAUACAAAAUCGCCAUGGAGGACAUUCGUCAUUACUUUGGAAAGUGAUUGUUUCCAUUACCAACGAUCAAACACGAACACUUGUUUCCUAUUAAAAAAAACUUUUUAAAGGUUAUUAGAUGAUACCUUCAUAUGAUGACUUUGAGGUAUUGAACAGAUUAUCAUUACUUAUGUUUCAAUAAAUGAACAAGGUAAGAUAUAAUGCAUUUGAUAAUAGGUUUCCUAACAUGAAAAAUAAAUAGUUAGUAUUCCAUCUUUCAGGGAGAGCGGUAUUUGAGACCACAGAAAAUAUGAUAUAUUGAGUAUACAUACAAAAUAAACACUCAUGUACAUGUAGAGUUAUAAUAGGGAAUAGUUGCAUUAAAAGUGACUGAUCGGGUAUUAUGUUUAAAUUGCAAAAUACGAUUAUUUUUAAGAACUUUGCCAAUUUUUUAUGUAAUGUAAAUAUAAGUAAAAUGAUUGCAUAAACAUGAAUGAAAUUAUUACGUUUAAGUGUAAAUAUACCAAUUUAUAAAUAAUAUUGUUAACCGCAGAUCUUUAAUUUGAUGCGUUUGUUAUUUGAAUUUGAAUGUAAAUGAGAUUUUAUUUUGAAAAUCUUGCUAUAAAUUGCAUCAUAUAAUGCAGCAAAGAAAAA